ACAAAAAUUAACUCAUGAAAUGGAAACAGCUAUCAAGAGAAACCAUAGAUUUUGGCCAAGUAAUAUUAGUAAAAACGGAGAUUUAAAAGCGCUAACAAACUUGGCUUCUCCUUUCAAUGAACCAAAUGUUGCAUUCAUAUUUGAAGAAAGAAAACUGUAUGUUGAAAAGGAGCAACUUAUAGCUGUGUCACCUGUGUUUGAAGCAAAGUUCAGUUCUAAGUUUAAGGAAGGAUCGGAAAAAGAAAUACCAUUACCUGGGAAAAACCUAAACCAUUUUGUUUGUUUUCUACGAUACCUUUGCCCGGGAUUCGAUGAUGAAUUAACAGAUGCCACUGUUCAUCUCAUGUUGCCUUUAGCUGAUGAAUAUCAAACUGAAGCUUUAAAGAAAAGAAUAGAAAAGUUCCUUGUCAACAGUGUUUUGAUUAGGCUAGAAUCCAUUUCAUCAGAACAAAUCAUUUUGAAUAUCCUUGAAGCUGAACUUUACAAAUUAUCUAACUACCUGGAUGCAUGCAUUCAGGUUGCUUCUCGGAAAAUGUUUGACAACUUGACAAAAAGUCCCAAAUUCGUGGACAUCUCUCAGAAUACGCAACUUAAAAUCAGCUUUAGACGCUGGGAAGAUAUAGAUAAGAUUUAUAAAAAGUCAAAUAAAGAAAACCUCCAGUCCACAGUGUACAUGCAAUCAACGAGGGGGCCUGUGUUUGGAUCCUCGAUUCAACAUGAAAACCAUUUAAAAGAUGUUGGCCAACAAUUAAAACCACACAUGCAAGAGAACUAAUUGAUGUUUCUUUUAAGGUGAAUUUAUUAAAGGAAUUACACUUUUUAGUCCAUUUGCAAUUGGAAAGAAAUCAGGAUAAAGUCGGCCUUACUUACAUACAUGUAUAUAUGCUUGAUUGUUCUUACCAAAAUAAACAUGGUAAAAAGGUUAGCUUUUUAAAGAAUAGAAGCAAGCGGAACAACUCUUCUCCCGCAGUCCUAUACUAGUUCAGAUCCAUUAGAUGUGGCUUUAUCGCUUGCUAUGUUUGCUAUUUAGAAUACAAUAACUAAAUUCCAAUGCUCUCGAAUGACACUGAAGACAAAACUUGGAAGAUUUUAUAUUUUGUCAAAAAUUCUCAAGUUUUAUAACCCAGGAUUAUCCCUUAUUUCAUUGAAUGAUCAUCUGUAAUUGGCGACCGUAUGUUGACCUGAGGCUGCAAAGUUUGGAUUAUGUUUUAGAUGUAGUGACUCAUCGACGAAAAAAUACCCCAUAAUUCCGUUUUGAUAUGUAUAUACAAAAAAACUGUAAGCGUUUUAUAUUAUUUAAUAAUUAAAAGUGUGUUACAUGCGUUUGAA